AGCCAUUCUGUUUAGGUAAAAGAAUACAAUGGAAUACAAUGUUACGUACUACGGUGGUACAUGUAGACAUGUCGCCCAGUAGAAUCAGCACGCAUUUGUAAUAUGCAAAAUAUUCUUAAUUUUAGAAUAUCAAAACAUGGUGCAAAACUCUCCAUGGAACGGAUUCUGACCGCAUUUUCCAUAGUUUUCCCCUUUAUCUGCAAUGUAAAUUUGACCUCACUUGAAAUUCAAAAGAUGGAACAGAACUGCGUUUUCAUGACAUUUUCCAUGUUGCUGGUCUUAUCAAAAAUUAAUUGUUGUGAUCUUGAAUUUUGAUGAUGUAGGCCUACGACAUGGCGCAUAUAAAUCAAACAAUGUGGUUAUCGGUGACAUAAUUUGCUCAAUUUUGAAACGAAACGCCCCCUUUUUUCCGUUUAUGUGACAUGGUUGAUAUUAACAGUUUAAAAGCACAUCAGCAUGUCAAAAUUCAGAUUUCAGUGAAGUAAUGAAGGUGAUCCGAGGUUAAUAUAUUAAAAAGAUGGAAAAUUUUGCGGCGAACUCCGUGAUAAAUGUAAACGAAAAACACCUUAAAACGUGUCUGUUAACGACAAAGACCUUAAAACGUGUCCUCCAGCGCGACCUAAGCUUAAGGUAAUUUCUUUUCUCACACUAAUGUUGCAUCACAAGCGACUGUGUGAGCCAUUUGAGCUGCGAUCUUCACACGAGGAGAUUACUUGUGCCAGGGACUGCGGUACGAUGGGAUUCUGGCAGGCGGCGUCGUGGUGUGUACUGCUGGUGAUAAUUCAGGAUUUAACCAUAGUUGCAGGAAGAAAUUACGAAGUGACUUACAAGCUGGAACGAACCUUUGAUGUGUCAGCCGAAUAUGCCAUCGUUAGAAAUGCCCUUCAGGACCAAAUCGACGCAGAACUUCUCUUUUCCACCAAUUACUCAGAUUCCACAAACUCCCUCGUGUACGGGUUUCGAGUCAUUUCUAGGAAGCUCAAAGGCGGAGACAUAAAGACGAAAUACAUGGACUUCAAUGGACAACUCCAAACAGAGUUUUACAGGAGACUUCUACGAAUAUAUGGCGUUCAUCCACCGCAAUUAAUUAAACUGAGUCCAGCGGUUAUAAGAGAGCGAAUACCAUCUUCCUUCGAAAACAAACUUGCUCUUUGCCCUGAAGACGCAAUUCAGUGCGAUGCCUCGGAACGCUUUAGGUCAAUUGACGGAUCCUGCAACAAUCUGCGCAAUUCACUCUGGGGGAAAUCGUUCACACCACUUCUCCGUCUGUUGCCAGCCCAAUACCAAGAUGGGAUCAGUUCUUUGAAGGGAUCAAAAAACGGAGGUUCACUACCAAACCCACGUCUUGUCAGCAGAAAUCUUCAUGAGGACAUUCCCAAUCCAAUGAACUAUAUUACAGUAGCCGCCACUUUCUUCGGACAAUUUCUGGACCACGACUUAAGCAAAGCUCCAGUGACUAAAAUCCUCAAAAGGGACAAAUCUGGCAAAAAAGAUGUCAUUGACGUGCGAUGCGGCCAUGACAACUGCACGUUUGGCCCCGGUCCCUUGAGUUCGUGCCACCCUGUACCUAUACCGCACGGCGACGUGCACAGUAUCGAUAAAGAAUGCUUUGAGUUCGUCCGCAGUUCUUCAGCUCCUCGUCAGGGAUGCGUAUUCGGUCCUCGUGAGCAAAAAAAUGCCAUCACAGCAUACCUUGACCUCUCCCAGGCGUAUGGUAGCACCAAAGAGGAGGCGGAAAAACUAAGGGCUAAGGACAGGAGUACUGGGAAAUUGGAAAUGAGGCCCCAUCCGUUUGUGCCGUCCCUUAAACCGCUCCUGCCGGUCAGGAAUGACGAGACGUGCCGAGAAGAAGCAGGAAGUGUUAGAUGCUUCCUGGCAGACUUUUUUGUGGUUACUCGUGAAUUUUCAAUACAGGUGUAA